UGCUCAAAUAAUAAAUAAACAUUUAGAUGCUCAUUUUGGAAAGACUUUAAUUUUAGGGUAUUUCUAUUUCUAUCUCUUGCUGCACCAUUUCCUACGGUGGAAAGGAAGCUUAGAACAGAAUAAGCUCAUAGCUUCAGGAAUUUCUCUCUCCCUCUCAUAGGGUUAGCUUGCAGCAGCGCCAUAUAUUGAAGAUAAAAAGUAAUUGAAGGAGACGACAACAACAACAAAGAUGAGAUAAGAGUUUUUUAUGAUGGCAAGUUCAAGAGAAGUUCACGAAUCGAAGCAAGAGGGUGAUGAUGAAACAUUUAACAUCCCGAGACUCACCAAGGCAUCGUCUUCUUCUAUUCCAAGACAAUGGUCAGGCUUCAAGAACCCGAGAAUCGUUCGAGUGUCGCGUUCUUUUGGAGGAAAAGACAGGCACAGCAAGGUUUGCACCAUAAGAGGAUUGAGGGACAGAAGGAUCAGGCUCUCAGUUCCGACCGCAGUUCAGCUCUAUGACCUUCAAGACAAGCUUGGCCUAAACCAGCCAAGCAAAGUGGUAGAUUGGUUGCUCGAAGCCACGAAACUCGACAUAGAUAAGCUCCCUCCACUUCAAUUCCCACAGGGCUUUUCUCAAUUUCAUGAUUCAUCAAAUGCCUCAGAUCUUUCUCUUGGACCCUUCUAUGAUUAUACCAAUAAUUUCAUGGCGAAGUCAAGGUUUUCAUGGGAUUUGGAUUCAAUGUCUAGAGUUAAUAAAGGGAAGGAGGCUGCAGAAAGAGGAAAGUGGAUCAAAACAAGUUAUGAUCAUGAAAAUCGUGAUGGGGUUAUUGGAUCAGUUGGAGUUGGAGGUGGUUAUAACAACAGCUUUCAGGUUUCAACUCAGAAGCUUUUCCCCAAUACCAUGUCAUAUAAUAACAAUAACUACCACUCAUCAGAGCCUUCAAGUCUGUCUUUAUCCCAAUUUGGGAGCCAUGGUGGGUUGUUUCAUUCACAUUCACAGCUAGAUCCUUCUCACCCAAGCAGUGUGCAAUUUCCAUCUUCUAAUCUACCUCUACUUUCUGGUUCCCAAUUCUUGUUUGCUCCAACAUCUUCUGUGCCUACACCACCAUCAUUUUUCACUCCUUUUAUGACCACUACUACUACUUCAGUGGAAAAUGAUCCAAGACAGUUCAACCACUUUCAGUUCCUGAACUCAUCAGGUUCCUCUCAACAUUUGCCCCAUCCUCUCUUUCCAUCUUUACACUCUCUCAAUUCAACACCUAUCAGGCCCUUCGCAACACCAUUUAACUCGAAGCUUCUUGAUUCUAAUAAUGAUAAUAAAGACAGUAACACUCGUUCUUGAAGCUUCUAACACUAUUGAUUCUAUGCCUCCAAGUGUUGGAAAGGAUGUAAGCACUUCAGAUUGGAUCAGUUUCUCUGUUAUCAUAUAUAUCAGUGAACUAAUACUCGAAAGCUACUCAGAGAAGCUUUUUCCCAUAAUCGACUUUGGCUUCAGAAUCAAUUAUAGAAGGACUUCCAAUCAUGCAAGGCGUACUAUAAUUUAUGCAGUGUUAGCUAAGGUGAGUGAGUACAUUCAUGUCUGGGAGUACGGCAAUGCUACACAUAUAUGGGAUAAAUAUGUAAGUGUGUGUUUUUGAAUUUGUGUUUUAGCUAUACACUGUUGUUGGUACAAGUUAGAAUAAGUACUCAAGUUAAAAUAUCCUUCAUUUAUUUUCUUCUAUAUAUUCUUAUAUUUCAAAGAUCCAUAAGUUAUUUAAAUUAAUUUUAUGUGAAGUUUGCAAGGUAUACAUA